AUUUCCUGUCAGCGCUCUUAUUUUGUUUUCCAUUUCCUACACGUCUACCUGAGCGCUCACCCGUCCCUGUUUGGCGGCCUGGCACACCUGGUGGCAAUUGGCAAUCAGGCUACUAUUUAUACCUGCCUCGCCCUCCAGUCGGUGCUUGAGGAUUGUAAGCUGUUUGCUGGUUCCAGUUUUCCUGGAUUUUCUUUAGGCAUUAAAAUCAUGUUUUCCUGCAAGAAGCCAUCUUGGGGUUCGACAUCAACACUUCUUGACAAUUAAUGGGGAUCGGCCCACGCCUGCAUGUGGAUUCAAACAACCUUUGUUUAAUUCCACCUGUCCUCCGGGGAGUGGGGCGGAUAUUCCGCAUCCCCGUCCUCCACCCCCGCCCGCCUCUGCACUGGAGGGAGAGACCAGGAGGACAACCGCAGACCGGCAGGGCGGAAGGAAGGGACUGAGGGGCGAUGGCGGCCGGUGCAGGAUGCGGGGAGUCGGUGGAUCAGUACCGGGCCGAGGUGGAGCGGCUCGCCCAGGAGCUGAGCGAGGCGAACCGGGAGAAGAUCCGUGCGGCGGAGUGCGGGCUGGUGGUGUUGGAGGAGAACCAGGAGCUGAAAGUCAGAUGUGCGGAGCUGGAGAGCGAACAGGAGGCUCUGAGGAAGGAGUUGGAACAAUUACAGGAGGCGUUCGGCCAAGCGUACAGCAACCAGCGGAAGGUGGCCGAGGAUGGCGAGAGCAACGAGGAGACGCUGCUGCAGGAGUCCGCCUCCAAGGAAGCGUACUACACGGCUCGUAUGUUGGAGCUGCAGACAGAGCUGACCUUGAGUCGUUCUGUGGCUUCCAAUGCGCAGUCAGAGAGCGAGAGGCUCAACGUACUCGGGCAGGAGCUGCGAGAGAGCAAUGACAUGCUGGAGCUCCAGAGGAGCAGGAUGCGGGAGGAGAUCAAGGAGUAUAAAUUCCGAGAGACCCGUCUGCUCCAGGAUUACACGGAGCUGGAGGAAGAGAACAUCACCUUGCAGAAACUGGUCUCUACGCUCAAGCAGAGCCAGGUGGAGUAUGAGGGUCUCAAACAUGAGAUAAAGGUCCUGGGGGAGGAGACGGUUCUUCUGAACAGCCAGCUUGAAGACGCCUUGCGACUGAAAGAAAUCUCUGCAGGGCAACUGGAGGAGGCUCUGGAUGCCUUGAAGAAUGAGCGCGAGCAUAAGAACAAUCUGAGAAAGGAGCUGUCCCACCACCUCAGCCUGAGUGACAGCGUCUACGGAGCGGGCGCCCACAUCGCCCUCACUGUCACCGCUGUUGAAGGCCUCAAGUUCCCGGAGGAGGCCAACGGAAGUGGUGGCGCCAACGGCCCCGUUCCUACGGCCAACGGCAACAAUGAGGACUGCAGUCGGCAUAACGGCCACCUCCACAAAGGCGCCGUGUUGACAAAAUUGAACGGAGACUACCGACCCGGUCGAAAAAGCGAAGGUCUGCUCCCGGUGCCAGAUCUGUUCAGUGAGCUCAACUUGUCCGAGAUGCAGAAGCUGAAACAGCAGCUGAUACAGGUGGAGCGUGAGAAAGCAGCUCUGAUCAUGAACCUGCAAGAGUCGCAGACCCAGCUGCAGCACACACAAGGAGCUCUGACUGAGCAGAGCGAGCGCCUCCAUCGCCUCACAGAACGCGUCAACGCCAUGAAGCAUCUCACCGGCGGCAGAGAGCCGGAUGACUCCCAGGAGAGUGAGAAACCUGCGGGCGGCUCGCUGUCGCCACAGGCCAACGCUCAUCGUGACGUGGCCGUACACGGCUUCGAGGUCCUGGAGUGUAAGUACAAGGUGGCCGUGACUGAGGUGAUCGACCUGAAAGCAGAGCUCAAGGCCCUGAAGGAGACGUACAACCAGGCGGUGGAAGGGCGAGGAGACGCUCACUCUGACGACAGAGUUCGAGCACUGAGCGAACAGAUAACCCAUUUGGAGAGAAGCUGUGGUGAAGGCCGCGAGAGGGUGGCGAGCCUGGAGGCGGAGCUACGAGUGGCCAGCAGCACGGCCACAGAGAGCCAGGGCAUGCUGAACACAGCGCAGGACGAGCUGGUGACCUUCAGCGAGGAGCUGGCACAGCUUUACCACCACGUGUGUCUCUGCAACAACGAGACGCCCAACCGCGUCAUGCUCGACUAUUACCGCCAGAGCCGAGUCACACGCAACGGCAGCCUAAAAGGCUCAGAAGACCCCCGGGCUUUACUCACACCUCGCCUGGCCCGACGCCUGGCCGCAGUCUCGGCGCUCUGCUCCUCCGAGGCUCCCCGUAGUCCCGUGGACUCCCCGUCUAAAGACGCCAGCGUCAAUUCGGUGGACUCGCCGGCACACCACAGCAGCCCCGGCCGCAACCCCAUCGCCGCCAUUCUCGCCAGCAUGUCUCCUUGCCCGUCACCGGUGCCGUCCGAUGCCGGGGGAGACCUGAGGAAGGAGCCCAUGAACAUCUACAACCUGAACGCCAUCAUCAGGGAUCAGAUCAAGCACCUGCAGAGAGCCGUCGACCGCUCUCUACUGUUGUCCAGGCAGAGGGCCGCAGCCAGAGAGCUGGCGCCCAUACUGGAUAAGGACAAGGAGUCAUGUAUAGAGGAACUCCUCAAGCUCAAGUCCCUGCUCAGCACCAAGAGGGAGCAGAUAGCCACACUCAGGCUGGUUCUGAAGGCCAACAAACAGACAGCCGAGGUGGCGCUGGCGAAUCUGAAGAGCAAGUAUGAGAACGAGAAGACCAUGGUGACGGAAACCAUGAUGAAGCUGAGGAACGAGCUCAAGGCUCUCAAAGAAGACGCCGCCACCUUCUCGUCCCUCAGGGCCAUGUUUGCCACCAGAUGCGACGAGUACGUCACCCAGCUGGAUGAUAUGCAGAGGCAGCUGGCGGCGGCGGAGGACGAGAAGAAGACCUUGAACUCUCUCCUCCGCAUGGCCAUACAGCAGAAACUGGCCUUGACACAACGCCUGGAGGAUCUGGAGUUUGACCACGAGCAAAUCCACAGAGGCCGCGGCGCUAAGGUGCCCAAGAUAAGAAGCAGCCCUCCCAAAUUUCUCAUAGAUUGUCAGCAGCCUGCUUCCUCAGUUUCGUCACUCUACCCACAACUAAGGUGAGGGAGAACCCCCCUGGGCCGCAGUCCCAGAUUUAGGCCUGGCUUCCAGGAACACAAAGCAGUUCUGAUCAGCAGCCGGAUCCCUCUCUCACCUUGUGACCUAAGGAACUGCCCGGCCCUUCGACCCCAGCCUCCUUAGCUCCUAACCAUGUUCUGGGCACUGAACCCCAGGCCCAGUUGGCAGUGGUGUAACAACUCUAGCAUCUAGCAGCUCUCACUGGACUCCACGACCCGUGAAAGCUCCCUGUGUCACAAGCGGAGGAAGUGAAUAGACUAUUUACCUUAUUUGUAUUUAUUAGGACUGACCCUUGAUGGUGAGUAUUUAUUUAUUGGAUAUUUAUUAUGAUUUUUUUCCUGUUGGCUGCUCCUUCCUUAAGUGUGCCGCAGUAAAACACAGUAUUAAACCCUUGGUCUAAAACUGCCAUAGAAUGCAUUUUAAAGUUGGCUAUAAUAGAAGAUUGGAUUGACACCACCUUCAUAACCUCACUAGUCUUCUUUGGAUGCUUUUUUUUUUUAUAGGUGUUUUGCAAAGCAUGAGAUUUUUUUAAUAACUUAUUUUAUUUUUAGAGAAUUGUCAAACCCAUUUUAAUUAUAGACAGAGACAGACGUUUGAUAUCGGGCUGCCGGUUAGGUUUUUAUUUAUUCUAGUUAUUUAUUUCUCUUUUUGAGUUGCACAGGUUCAAGUGACCAUGUGGGGACCAGUUGUAAACAUUGUCGUCUAAUGUGUGCCUCAUCUUGAGUUACAGCUUAAUAUUCUACUGGAAACAUGCAUUGUAUCAAUCAAUCAAUCAAUGUUUAUUUAUAUAGCCCCAAAUCACAAAUGUCUCAAAGGACUGCACAAAUCAUUACGACUACAACAUCCUCGGAAGAACCCACAAAAGGGCAAGGAAAACUCACACCCAGUGGGCAGGGAGAAUUCACAUCCAGUGGGACGCCAGUGACAAUGCUGACUAUGAGAAACCUUGGAGAGGACCUCAGAUGUGGGCAACCCCCCCACCCCCCUCUAAAAUUGUAUUUCCUUUUAAAAGUUAUUUCACUCUUUGUCUUUACUCGGGUUGGAAAAGAAUCCUGGCAAAUUUCCAUAAACGUUCUAUGGGAAUGUAGGGAUUGUUUAAUACUUUCCAUGAUGUAUUGGGAAAAUAUUGACGUUUACUUCAAUAUGCAGGACAUUUACACAAACCGGAUCCUCUAAAAGGAUAUACUUUUUUAGUUCUGUCGGGCAUAAAAUGCGCUGAAAGUAGAAAAGCAAACCUAUGCCAGGAUCUCCAGACAGUAAAGAAUCCUAAACCAGACAGGGAUUCGGAUCAAUUUCUCCCAUUUCCUGAAAGUUUCAGCAAAAUCCACCUCUAACUUUUUGAGCUAUGUUGCCAACUAACUAAUCCACCCCGCAUCCUCUCCAAUUUUUGCUUUGUACGUCCAAAAUGCUUCAAAGCGUUCUAUAUGCUUCCUGUGCAUGCCUUUGCUGCACUAAUUUGGUUGCUUUCCAUAAUAGAAGAGAUUUCACCUGCACUUUGCCUGCUGUCUCAGCAUCCUGUGAUCCAGACCAAUACCAUCAAACGCAGAAUGUAACAGGUGGUAGAGGCGUAGUCUGCGUGAAUGUGUUUGCGGGUGUGCCAAGUCGACCGCGGGCGUAGAAAGGACAAACUACUGACUGCGGCAUUUGCGCAUUUGCUUGACUUACUCGGUGGCCUCGUAAUUAGAGCAGGGGUCGGGAACCUUUUUGGCUGAGAGAGCCAUGAGAGCCGAAUAUUUUAAGAUGUAUUUCCGUGAGAGCCGUAUAAUAUUUUUAACACUGAAUACAACUGUCUGCUUUAAACACUGAUGACAUAUAUAAAACAGACAAGAAGCAAUAAAUUAAACAGGGACUGGAUUCAAUUUAGUGUGACAGUCUCUUGCUGUCAUCGUGCGGGUUCCAUGGACCACCAAGGAAGGACAUUGCUUUUGCAGGUUUGACUCUCGUUUAUUUUUUCAAAUAAAGGAGGUCUUUCGCGCCGUCGUCGCUCACGCUGCUCGCUCUUUUAGUCGGCCGCGUCUUCGUCGUCGCUGUCUUGCGUUCUGUCGCUCUCGUUCUUUAGUCGCUGUUGCGGGCUCUCCGCCUCCUUCUUCCCCGAUCUCCCCUCCUUCUCCCCCUUUUAUACAUCGUGAGGAGAAAUGUUAAUUGUGUCCCGGUGUGCGAGCCACGCACCUGAUCUCGCUUGUAGCGUCGCUCUCCGCUCGGUCGUCGUCUCCGCCUCCUUGCCGCCAUCUUAAGCCGGGCUCCAGUGUGCCCUGCCCCGCUGAUCGUUCGCCGACUCCGCCUCUCCACAAGGAGAAACCCGUGAACCUGUACUCUUUGACAGUGUCGUCCCACGCUCAGAAGAGAGAAUUCUACGCCUCUUUCAUUUGGAACUUCCCAGAUUACAACAACUAAAUGCGUGCAUCUCUUAUUGUUAUUCUGAAGCUAACCAAUGCUAAAUCAAAUACUUUUGAGCAUUAAUGCGACUUCUUGAACAGGUUCGGUAGAAACGGAUGGAUGGAUUCAAAUUUAUGAGAAUGUUUUAUAUUUUGAACAUUAUUUUUAACACUGUGAUUACCAGCGGAAUUAUUCAUUACUUAUGGUGUUAAGCAACGCCAACUAAGAUUUAUCUGAGAGCCAGAUGCAGUCAUCAAAAGAGCCACAUCCGGCUCGAGAGCCAUUGGUUCCCUACCCCUGGGUUAGAGUGUCCGCCCUGAGAUCGGUAGGUUGUGAGUUUGAAUCCCGGCCGAGUCAUUCUAAAAACGGGACCCAUUACCUCCCUGCUUGGCACUCAGCAUGAAGGGUUGGAAUUGGGGGUUAAAUCACCAAAAAUGAUUCCCGGGCGCGACACCACUGCUGCUCACUGCUCCCCUCACUUCGGUUGGUAGAGUGGCCAUGCCAGCAACUUGAGGGUUGCAGGUUCGAUUCCCGCUUCCGCCAUCCUAGUCACUGCCGUUGUGUCCUUGGGCAAGACACUUUACCCACCUGCUCCCAGUGCCACCCACACUGGUUUAAAUGUAACUUAGAUAUUGGCUGUCACUAUGUAAAGCGUGCGAUGAGGUGGCGACUUGUCCAGGGUGUACCCCGCCUUCCGCCCGAUUGUAGCUGAGAUAGGCGCCAGCGCCCCCCGCGACCCCAAAAGGGAAUAAGCGGUAGAAAAUGGAUGGAUGGACUAUGUAAAGCGCUUUGAGUCACUAGAGAAAAGCGCUAUAUAAAUAUAAUUCACACUUCACUUCACCUCCCAGGGGGUGAUCAAGGGCGAUGGGUCAAAUGCAGAGAAUAAUUUCGCCACACCUAGUGUGCGUGUGACAAUCAUUGGUACUUUAACUUUAUUGUGAGGCCAGAAAAUCAAGUCCAAAUAAGCAAUAACGUGUUCAAAAACAAGCCGAAAAAUUGCGACCUGCGACUCACAAAAUUUGAAAGCGACAAAUAAAUAAGCCCAAAGUUUCGGAUAAUAAGCAGACUUGGCAAAGUCUUGAACAAAGAGACAAAACGCCUUUUUGAGUUAUGUUGCUAACUAACAGACUCAAAAAAAUCAAACCGUAUAUCAAACAUGUCAUUUUUGUUUUUUUUUAAUAAAACCUUUAAGCAUUUUUAAACUUUUGAGUUCCAAAUUGGCUGAGAAUAAAACAAGGACAUACAAUCAAAUUCCAACUAGGUAGUGACAUACGGUAUCCCACAAAAGUCCUCCCCUGAUUUCAGAAGUCCUCUCAAGGGAACAAUACUAUAAAAAUAAACUUCAGUACACUUUAGAGUAGUCACUGUACAGCUUGUAUAACAUCUUCCGCUUAAAAAUGCCCCACGGGUGUUUAAUUGGAUUUAGGUCCCUCAUCUCAAUCAAUCAAUCAAUCAAUCAAUCAAUGUUUAUUUAUACAGCCCCAAAUCACAAAUGUCUCAAAGGACUACAACAUCCUGGGAAGAACCCACAAAAGGGCAAGGAAAACUCACACCCAGUGGGCAGGGAGAAUUCACAACCAGUGGGACGCCAGUGACAAUGCUGACUAUGAGAAACCUUGGAGAGGACCUCAGAUGUGGGCAACCCCCCCCCCC